AUGGGUUCAAGUCCUACCAAAACGAUUCUUGUUUGUACAAAUGAACUCGUGCAACAACCAGUAUCAGUCUAUGUACCUUUAGAAUCGCUCACUGAACCAGUUGUCCGUUCUAUAAUUUCAGUUAUAACUUCAUCUUAUGAACUAAAUAUGAAUUAUAGCCAACGUACUCUUCUUAUGUUCUUACUUGCAAUCGACGAAAAAUUGCAACAAAUUGAAAAUAAAACAGAUACAGCUGAACAAAUAUCCGAUGAAAGUAUUAUUCAGCAUGCAAAAAACGUUCGUCAAUGGCUCGUAUACAAUAAUAAAGAGCCAUUAAACUGGGACGAACUUCGUAAAAUAUAUAAUAAAAUGACCAAACAAGAAUACAAUUCUUUGGCGAAUUAUUUCGGAGUCAAAGAUGCAGUUCCUUACUUUGAAUUAACAAUGAGAACUCCAUUCAAUGAUGUAAAACGAUCUCGUGACUAUAUAAAUAAGUUUCGCAAGGACGGUUUUAAGCCUGAAGAACUUAAACUCUAUUGGAACGUAGAACAACUUGAAAAUCUCUGUCCAAAACAAGGAGAUCAGUCAGAAAUAACACCGCCACAUGAUCCGUCAGAUACCGAUGCUAUUGAAAAUCUUCGAAAGUUUCCUGUUUACGAUCGAAAUCAUCGUGUCAAGAUUAACUACAUUAACAAAGGAAUUGAAAAAGCUGUUUUUGAUGUACCUAAAGAUGCUCAAAUCAUUGUUCUAAAUUUUGCGAAUGAACAAUCACCAGGGGGCGGUUAUUUACGACAUGCCAGGGCACAAGAAGAAAUUAUUCUUUACAAUUCAGAUGGUUAUCGAGCAUUACUUGAUCUCAAAUAUCAACGAAUGAACGGUGGUUAUGCUAUACCCGAAUUUGGAUUAGCCUAUGUUCGUAAUAUACGUUUCUUUGAUGCAGAAUCAGAGGAACGACAUCGUUUAGCAGAUAUGUUGGUGUCGGCAUGUUACUGUUUAAAUGGAUCUGAACUUUAUGAUAAUCCGAGGACUCCUGAGGAGUUGAAAAAAAAUAAUUUGGCUAAAUUUCGUGCAUUUAUGGCAGCAGCUGUUGCAAAUACAAUAGGUGAUGGUAGUAAUACUUAUCUUUUACUUGGACCUAUUGGUACCGGUGCAUUUGGAAAUGAUGUUGAAGAUAUAGCUGAAUGUUUUCGUGAAGUACUCGAAAUGCCAAUGAUGAAUUCAACACGACCUAUUCGUUAUGCUUUUAGUAAUAUUUGGUUUGUUUCUAUAGAUGAUUGGAAAAAUGAUAUUUUCCACAAAAUCUUACCUAAAAGUGAAUCUGAUAAUGCUGAAGAACUUUAA